AGGCAGAUUGGUGACCCACAACAACGGGACGAGACGGACGGCUUCGAGCGACCAACAUCGCUGCGGGCGUCCACACCUUACCCUACCCACAAUCCCUUGACCCAGACACAUAGUAUACCCGUUGGAGACGUAGAUAGAGGCUGCAAGCUACAUACAUAUCAAACUACUUAACUCCUCAACCCAAUCCAACCGCAAACGGUGCAUUCUUCUUACGACACCAUCCCAACCCCCAUCCACUCCACAUGGCCUCGAUGAUGCUAACAACGGCCGACCCACCCGACGACCCGCCCCAACGCAGCAUCCGCCUCCACGUAACGCUCGAUAAAGACCACCCGGAAAACAAUAUCUUCAAUUACGCCGAGUUGAUGCGGAAGGCUACCGGCCAGGAUACGAAUGGCAAGCCUGGGAAGUCGACUACCUCGCCUGCGAAACCGCUGGGAAGGGAUGGGGCGGAGGUUGAGGACGACGACGACGGAAGCGCGGAUGAUGAGGAGAGUGGGGCGGCGUCGGGGGCAGCACCCACGAAACUCCGCAAGAGCCUAGAAGACGACUACGACCUCGACGACGCCUUCAUUGACGACAGCGAUCUGUUCUGGAGCGAGGUUGGGUCUGUGCCGCCUGUUGAUCUCGAUUGCGGAUUCUUUGCGUAUAAGGGACCUGUUGAGGACUUUUUCUUGUCGGAAUACAAUAAGAAGAUGUUUGAUCGACAGAAGGAUCCGUCGCCAUCGAAGAGGGGGAAAGGGAAGAAGAAGGUUGUGGGUGGCGAGACCAAGGGGAAGGUCGCGGGCAGCGAGAGUAAAGGGAAGGCCGCGACGACAUCAGGCGAAGGGUCUGAGCCGGUUCGGAAACGGGCAAAGAAAGUGUCGGCGGCUGCUACGGCCACUGCAUCACCCGCAGCCGGUGCAUCGGGACCUACACCGAUGACCAGCCCGAACGCCGGCGGUAAUAGCAAAGAGAGACGGUCUUCUACGGCGGGAACAUCGAGCGGUGUCGUGGCAGGUAUUGAGGUCUCGACGACGGACUCUAGCUCUUCCGAUGACGUUUCUCCACGGGCCCAAACAUCGAAACCUGGACCGAGGCCAGUCACAAUAGUGAAAGUGAAAAAGGGUAAACCCGCCACUCCCAAUCCACCCGUACCGAUGGGCUUGGAUGACGAAAAGACGUUGUCGCAACUCGCGCCCCCUACCACUAAGGAGAAGCCGAAGAAGAAGACCACACAACAGCAGCAGCAGCAGCCGGACGGUGGGACGCCGAAGAAGUAUAAAUCGACGACAAGCGCGAGCAGCACGAAACCGAGCCCGAGUAAGAAACGGGAUCGGAAGGAUGAACCUCAAAGCUCAGGUGCCGAUAUCCCUAGACCUGUAGGCGCUGAUACCCCACUUCCGCAACCCGCAUCCGCAUCCGCAUCCACGCCGGCCGUGGGCGCUGAACCGGUCAAGAAGAAGCAACGGAAGGAGAGUGUAGCAGGUCCAAGGAAGAGUAAAGCGCAUGAGACCACCACUACCUCCGCUGCUGCAGCAGUGAACCAUCGACCCAUUACUACGACCGAUGUGACCCCUGCAGCUACGCCUAAAACGCAGCCUGCUGUGAAACAACCCAUGUCUGCUCCUCCCGCGCAAGAUACUGUGGAGGCGGCUACGAAACCCAAGGCGGUUGCGAAACCACAUCGGCUUUCGGACGCGGACUCGUUGACGAAUGGUUCCUCUUCACAUUCAAAGCCUUUUGGAGGGCAAUCUUCUCAGUCAUUACCGAGGAAAGUAGCUCAACGACUUCGUGCAGCCGCGGAGGCUGCUGACAAAAUCAAACCGACCUCAGACAACCCACUACCGACAGAACUACGAACACUGGUUUCCAAGGCAGCUGACCAGGCGAUCAAUGCGGGCUGGCUAAACGAACGCUUCUUUGAGGAAGUUGAGCGAUUCGUGCCUUUGGACUCGGACGCCUUACGGCGCACCCUAAAAGCCUACGCCAUCCCCCGCCGCCUCGAACGCCUGAAACCCCGAAUAAAGCAACUCUACAAAGACUUCGAAGACAUGAUCCACGAAGCGAUCCAGCGACCCCCGCAACCAGCAGUCGACAGCACCGGCGGCGACGAGUCCGCUGAGAAUGGCGGCGCCAAGUUCAGAUGGACGGAUAAGUCGAGAUUUGCGUUUUGGGAUAUCUUGUGUGGGGAGUGGGAGAUGGCGCAGCUGGAUAAUGAGUACAAUAUCGCGGUGAACAACCCACCUGCGUUUACGGAAAUGGGUGUGCGCAAAGCCAUCUACGCUAAGGUCCAAUCCUUCUGGCCCGAAGGCACAAUGAGCCUCGACGCCCUCUCCCGCGUCUACAGCUGGAUGAAACGCAAAAUAGCCGAAAAGAACACCGCGGGAGAGGAAACCAUCUACGACCCGUUCAAAUCCAAAGCGAAGAAACGUAAAUCGGCACCGCCGGCACUCGAGUCCGGCUUCGAUUUCAAGGCGGAGUUUGCACAACUGGAUGAUGAGCGUGCUGGUUCUGCGUCCGCGGCUGUGGUUGGUCCGCCGCCAGCAAAAAAGGUGAAGGAAACCAAGGCGUUACAGCCGCCCGUACACAGUCCGGGGAGUAGUGAAGGCACGAAGCUGGUUGUCGUGGAGACUUCGAAAACGGCUCCGGUGAUGAUGACCGUGGCAACGCAACCAGCGCAAUCCACCCCGCACCCGCCACCACCAGCGCUUGAAAAAGUACGUACGCCGCCGGUGGUGGUCAAACGCAAAUCGUCCGAUGCGACGGGAUCGGUCGGUCAUAGUCAACGCAAGUCGUCGGAUGCCACGGGCUCGGUUGGGCAUAUUGAACAUACCCCUUCACCGAACCAAGCCCCGAAGAAGUCUUAGAAAUAUUCAACUUCCUCCCGAGCCCACAACCCUCGUCGGAAGCGAUACCAACGCGUUCAGUUCACGAGCGAUGAACUCCAUCGCCUCAUCGCUAACCUACG